UAUUGUACUAAACAUUGUACUGACAUUGGGUUUAAAUAAUAAUAAAAAAAAUUACUUGGAUCAAGUGAAUUAGAAAUAUUAAUUUUAAUAAACCAACUUUAAUCAUUUUACUUUAGUGAUCAGCCUUUACUUUAAUUUUUGUUUGAUUUAAGACAAUUCAAUAAUAAAAAUUAUAUCAAUUGUUGGAUGGGUUCUUUGAGUAUACAAAAUAUCCUUAUUUUUUUCCUGUUAUACCUGUUUUUUUUUUGUUUUUUUGUUUUGUUUUUGUAAAGAUGAUCCCUAUGCGAGUGUAAAACUCGUAAAAGCCACCCUGUGGGCGAUUCCAGUAAACAAACACCAGUUCUGCAUCGGGUCAGAAAGAAUGAAAAAGAAAAGGAAGGGAGGUUACCUCCUGCCAAUAUAAAGCAGUCUCAGACAGCAUUCGCUUCCAGCAUCAAGAGUCAUUCUCUAAAGAGAGGAUCACUGAUACAAAUGGAGCUUUUUCAAGUCUGCGGAUUCUUCGUUUUCAUUGUCUUCACCGCGGCUCAGGACCCCACCGACAGACCCGAUCCUCGACCUUCUUACCUCCUGCUGGCUCCCCAAACCCUCCAAGCUGGAGUCCCAACCAGUUUGUCGGUCAGCAUUCUGGACAGAGAGCUGGUCAUUGUGUUAGCCCAGAUUUUUUAUGGCAAACAGCUCGUAGCGACAAACUCUACAACGGUUAAAGGAGGGUCAACCGGAAUGCUGACUUUACCGGCGAUUGAUGGCGACCCUAACAACAAAUACUCCUACGUCCUGGAGGUCAAAGGUUACGUGGGGAGAUCCUUACUGUUUUCAAACUCAACAAAGCUGUCCUUUGACCUGAAAGGCUGCACCACCUUCAUUCAGACUGACAAACUUAACUACCUUCCGGGACAAGUGGUAAAGAUUAGAGCAGUGUCCGUCCUCUCUAAUGGAAAGCCUGCGAACAGCUCGUUGAACGUCACGAUCACUGAUCCUCGUGGGAACUUUAUCCGGCAGUGGCAGAACCAGAAAAGCACUCUGGGUGUUGUGUCCACAGAGUUUGAGCUGUCUGAAAACCCUCCUCUGGGUGAGUGGACAAUCAUCACCCAAGUCAAAGGGGUACAAAGCACAAAGAAUUUCUUUGUGGCUCAUUAUGUUCUUCCUCGAUUUGCAGUUUCAAUCGAAGCUCCAGAAGUCUUCUAUCGUGGAGAUACUUUGAAAGGCUUCGUUACAGCAAAAUACUCGUACGGGAAGCCUGUUCAAGGGCAGCUGAACUUGACUUUUAUACAUCAUGUUCCUUUCGGUACGGAGGUUUACAGUGAGAGCAGAGAGAUUGAUGGAAUGGAAGAAUUCACUUUCGACUUUCCCUAUUAUUACCCAACGUCUUCUCAAAUGAUGUUCUCCAACGAGCAGAUGGAAUAUCUUAUGAUUGAAGUUCAAGUGACAGAGUUUCUGACAGGUUUGACUUACAACGACUCAAUGAAAGUUUCUUUGACAAACCAAAAAUACAAAAUUUUAUUUGAAGACGUUCCUAAAACACUGAAGCCCUCUGCAAACUUUACUGCAACGUUAAGAUUAUCGACGUAUAAUGACCAGCCACUGUCGCUGGAGGAUCAAAGGAAGACGGUGGAGGUGUCAGUGAUCCAGAGGAUGGAAACAUGGUGGUACAUGAGGAUGGACGCCAUGGAAGCAAACUCCACAGAACCUUCAGAGACGCUUCCGGAGGAGGUCCCGCCCAAAGACAUGGAGCUUCCUGUUCCUGCAGAUGGAGUCGUACCUCUAGACAUCCAGGUCAUGAAGGACACUGAGCUGCUUAUUAUUGACGUUUCCUUCGGUGACAGUCAGAAAACUCUCCAGCUCCAUCGAGGUUACGUUUCGCCCAGUAACUCCUUCCUGCAGAUUCAGAAACCCUCUAAACCAGCAGAGGUGGGGGAACCCCUUCGGCUAAUUAUUAACAGCAACUUUUACAUGACGGAUGUUCACUACUUGAUCAAGUCCAGAGGUCAGAUCGUUUCUGCCGGGACAACCUCAAGAAAUCUGACUCUGAUUCCAGAAGCGUCUUGGGGUCCUCUGGCGUGCAUCAUCGUUUACUGUGUGCAACCUGACGGAGAAGUUAUUAAUGAUGUGAUUCACGUGCCUAUUGCAAACGUUUUACAAAACAAGGUUUCUCUAAGCUGGAGCGGCUCUCCUAAGAAACCAGGUGAAGACGUCACCCUGAAGGUCUCAGUGGCAGAACCCGGCUGUCUGGUCGGGCUGCUGGUGGUUGAUAGAGCGGCUGAAACAGACGCCAUGAACGAGGAGAUGGUGCUGCAGGAAUUGAAGAAGUUUGAUAGUCCUAUGACUGAUGACAUCCCCAACAUGACACCGAUUGGAGAUCCAUUGUCUGUCUUUAAUACAUGUGAUCUCACAGUGAUGACGGAUGCCAGUUUGAACAUCUUCUGGCAGUUUUAUGAAAUCUACGAGAACGAAGACCCCGUACUGAAAAAUCAGGAGCCACACGAACGGAAGUACUUUCCAGAAACCUGGAUAUGGAUGGAUAUUAACACAGGAGAUUCAGACACAGUGAAGUUAGCUCUAACAGUUCCUGACAGCAUCACCAGUUGGACAGCCACUGCCUUUGUCAUGUCUAAACAUCUGGGUCUGGGGAUCACAGAGGAACCAGCUACACUCACAGUGUUCCAGGACUUUUUUCUGUCCUUGAAUCUGCCGCCGUUCGUCAUCAGAGGAGAGGACUUGGUGCUGGAGGUCAUUUUGUUCAACUACCUCCAACAUGACCAGGAGGUCAUGGUCAUUGUUGCCGACAGCGAGACCUUCGAGUUCAUUUCCCCCGACACCAUCAACCUCUCCAUGCCCAGUGUUCGUCGGGUUCAUGUGGCGAGUGGGAGCGCCGCCAACGUCCUCGUUCCCAUCAGGCCACUGGUUCUGGGAAAGAUUCCCAUCUCUGUGAAAGCCAUGUCGUCGGAGUCUUCUGACUUUGUCAGCACGACAGUCCUCGUCAAGGCCGAAGGACUCGAGCAGACGUUCUCCUCCUCCGUGUUACUGGAGCUUUCUGCCGGACAGAUGAGCCUCGCUAAAAACGUAGCGUUCACCUUUCCACCAGAUGUUGUUGAGGGCAGCGAGAGAGCCUCAGUCACUGCCAUCGGCGACAUACUCGGACCGUCCAUCAGCGGCCUGGAGUCGCUGAUCCAAAUGCCGUACGGCUGCGGGGAGCAGAACAUGAUCCACUUUGCACCAAACAUCUACGUCCUCCAGUAUCUGAUAUCGACUGGGCAGGACGACCCAGAAAUCACCAAGCGAGCCACAGACUACAUGAUGAGAGGGUACGAGCGGGAGCUGUCCUUUCAGAGAGCAGAUGGAUCCUUCAGCGCUUUUGGAGACAGCGAUGCAUCUGGAAGUACCUGGCUCUCUGCUUUCGUGCUGAGGUGCUUCCUUCAGGCGCAGAAAUUCAUCGUCGUUGACAGCAAUGUGCUCCUCCGUGUGGCGUCCUGGAUCUCGGCCCAGCAAGGGCCAGACGGCAGGUUUGAAGAGCCUGGCAGGGUGAUCCACACUGAGCUUCAGGGAGGGCUCGAUGGCUCCCUUUCCCUCACGGCCUACGUGCUCAUUGCUUUGCUGGAGGCUGAUGCCAUCAGGACUCUGUAUGCGAAUGAGGUGUCUUCAGCCCUGCUCUACCUGGAGACGCGCAUUGCCAUGAGCAGCGUGCCCAGCAACUACAGCCUCAGUCUGGUUACCUAUGCUCUGGCUCUGGCAGGUAGCUCCACAGCAGAGAACACGCUCGGCGAUCUGCUUGAAAGAUCUACUAUGAUAGAUGGUGUCCCAAUGUGGUCAUCUCCAAAUGUUGGUGUGUCACCAUCCUGGCAGCCUCGCUCUGCAGACAUUGAGAUAAUGUCCUACUUGCUAAUGUCCCUGCACAAGAUGAACCACAUUCCAGAGGGUCGAGGACUCAUGAGGUGGCUCAGCCAGCAGAGAAAUUCCAUGGGGGGUUAUGGAAGCACUCAGGAUACAAUUGUGGCUCUGCAAGCCUUGUCUAUCUUUGCUGCUAUGGCGGGAUCUCAGCCCUCUGAUUUGAACAUCAGGGUGACCAGCGUCAACUUGGGCAGGGUCGCCACCUUCUACAUCAACCAAGAAAACUACCUGAUCCAUCAGAUGCAGCAGAUUGAGCCAGAACAGGAGCUAAACCUACAGGUGACAGCAGAGGGUCACGGACUUGCUUUGCUGCAGCUAAAUGUGUUUUACAACAUCAGGAACGAAAGACUGACGAGACGGAGACGGGACGCGGACAGUCACGAAGCUUUUAAUAUGUACAUUGAACUGAUAGACAUGAACAUGGACUUGGCACAGCUGGUAAUCUGCAGCAGUCUGUCCGCCGCGGUCGGCCUGAACGCCACAGGGAUGGCCAUCAUAGAGGUGGGUCUGCUGAGCGGCUUCACUCUGCAGGAACCUGGAGUCUCUCUGAAUGACGUAGUGAAAAAGGUGGAGGUGCAGCCUGGGAAAGUCAUCUUGUAUCUGGACUCUGUGACAACGGAGGAGAUGUGUCUGUUCAUUCCGCUGGUGGUGGAGUAUAAAGUUGCCAAAGUCCAAGAAGCAGCCGUUAUCCUCUAUGAUUAUUAUGAACCACGGCGGAGGACUGAAAGGAUGUACACCUCAGAGUGGAGGAACAGCAUGUCGACCUGCUCCUUCUGUGGAGAAGACUGCAGUCAGUGUCUAGCAGCCGACGACGACAACACCGUCAUGUCCCGUGGCAGUCGUCCACUCUCACUGAUCUGUUUACCGUUUAUUCCACUCCUGAUGUUUAUUCUUGUUGCUAUGUGAACUUAUUUAUUAGCUCAUUUUAGUUUUUGAUUCAUAUUUCAAUAGGAUUACAGAUGUUUAAUGUAGUGUCUUUACAUUGAUUCAAUAAACAUAUAUACAUAGUUACAGGCAUCUUCUGUGAAACUAAUGUGUAUUUUGGAUUUAAAAAAAUACAAAUUUGUGUCUAUUUUUGGACCAAAUGGUAAUUUUAAAGUUAUAAGAGAAAUAUUAAUUUACUCUGUUCAGUAAUGUUGCUUGGUAUUUUUCGCUUUUUUUACCUGUUGUCUAAAAAAUAAAUGUCUGCCAAUAUGAUGAUGGAAACCACAACCAGGUUACAGAUGGACCGAAGUUGUUUCUUUGUGUUGAUGGAAGAACUUGUUGAUGUUCAAAAGUGACCCAGACAUAAACUCUAAGUUGUAAAGUGAAUUCUUCACUUUGAAGCAGCACAGAUCUAAGUGCACGAACCUGAUAAAUAACAUUUCAAACUGUAAAAUUAAAGGGUGUUUAAGCUUUGAAGUCUGUUUUAAGGCAGCUGGAGAGCCGAGACAUGUGGCGGAGCCAGAUCUUAAACCUCUGGCUUUUUCCAGCCUCGCAUACUGUAUGUGGAGCUCGAUUCUAGCCGACCUGUUCGGGAAACAGUCCACACAUGCCACAGGUAAAGCUAGGAUUCUUAAGAAUUUGUAGAAACAUCUGCCGAAAAAAUGUCUGUUGAAAGGGGCUCAUUUUUAUCGUUAAUUUAGUUAAGAAACCAUUAAGUCAAUUUCUAACUUAUAGUAAUUCAUGCAUUUUGUAUUGUUGCAGAAAUUUAAUUGUAGAUCCUGUUAAUAUAAAUAAUCUACAUUUUCUGUCAUCAAGUUUUACUUAUAAAUUCCCAGCAAAAUAAAGAGACGAUUGUAAUUUUUAAGAAAAUAAAACAAAAUAAGUUACUGAGAAAAGUAAAAUGAUUGAGUAAAUGUGACUUUCCUGCAUGGUAAAGUUUGGAUUAGUAGAUGAAAACCACUCUGUUGGGGCAACUCACUCAUUAUCUAUCACCAAGACACUAUAUCAGAUCUUGACAAGGAGUAAACAAGCCUGCAGAGGCUAAAUAUUUCUUCCAAACACUCCCCUCUCAUUGCUUCAGUGUCUCUUCUCCACAUGUUUCGUCAGCACAUGCACUGCAGAGCCCCCUUCACAUCAAACGACUAUAGCAGGGCCGCACAGGCCUGGAGCCAGCAUAUCACAGAAAGCUCUUUUGGACACAGCGGACAGGUCAUUUGACUCAGCAGCUGCAGCUGGAAGCAGAGAUGUUUCCAUUAGAAGAACAUGUGACGAUAAGCUGACAAGCCUGUCGGGAGAGGGUUGCUGUUCCCAAUCAGAAAAAUCAAUGCAUAUGGUAACAGUCAGAAUAAUUUCACACAGAGCUGCCUGCUGUAUGAAUCCAAUAUAUUCUGGGAAAGAAAGGUGUGUGCCAAGGUGCAUAUUUAUGUUGUUAGACAAUUACAUUCAUAUAUUUUAAAUCUUUAACCCCCAAAAAUGCUAAAAUAAAUAAAUAAAUACAUUUUCAGUAAAUUUGUGAUUUUCUCCCCAUUGUGAAUCAAAGCUGUUCGUCUGUAGCAGACCAAAUAAAGGGGUUGCUCAGUUUUUUGUUUUUUUUUUGUUCAUCUAGUACAGGAGUCUGCAACCUGUGGCUUCGGAGCCACAUGCAGCACUUCCACUCUGGCUCUCAUGGUUAAAGAAAAAUAAAAAAUAUUUUCUGUUUUAAAUUCAAAUAGUGGUGCAGCCAAAUCAAAGUCGUACUAAAAUAUUUUGACAGAUUUUUGAGAGCCGUGUACCACCAAAAAUCAGUGGGAGAGUAGAAAAGUUACAUUACCUGUGAUAAUGCUAGUGUGAAUGCUUUUUGUUGAAUGUGGUUGCAAAAGAUGCUGAAGAAAUGUAUUUUAUUUGCUGAAUAAUGUAAUGAACGUGAUGUACGUUUUGAUACCAAACCAUAAUUUGCAGAUAGUGCACAAAGAAUUUGAAGAAUUUCAUGAAAGAAGUCGCAACGCCUCUUAAACAUUACCUUAAGUCUAAAUUUGCUUAAAAAAAAGUCUCAGUAGAUGCUAACUUUGCCAAAAAAGCUAUCGCAUUGCAAAAUUGUGGCUUAUCUCAGAAUUAGCCAAAAAAAAAAA